CCGGGCGCUGUCCAGCGCCCGCCGCCGCUUUCAAAGCGCAAUUUGUCUGGGCCGGGCCAAUCGCGGGGUGCCCCAGCGGCUCAGCCAAUGGCGGCCGAGACCGCGGAGAGCGGGCCAAUGGCAGAGGAAGCGGCCGCCCGAGCAGCCAAUGGGAGCGCAGUAUUCUAAUGGACCUCAUCCUUAUCAGAGAAAUGUUGGCGCUCCCCAAGCCCAAGUUGAGGGUCCGGUACCGACCCGGCGCGGAGCCCGGGGCUGCACCCCCCGGUGCGGUGGGGAUGGGGCGGCCGCUGCGCCCCCCGAGGGCAGCCGGGUGCUGAGGGGCGCCUCGACGGCAGCGCCAUGGAUGCCAACCUGCCCGGCACCUUCCUGCUCAACGGCCCCGCGCUGGGUGCCUUCCCCGAGGCCAAGGCGCCCGUCUGCCAGUACUCGGUGCAGAGCUCCUUCUACAAGCUGUGCCCGCCGGCGCUGGGCACCCCGCACGGCAUCUCCGACAUCCUGAGCCGUCCCGCGGGCGGCAGCAUCGUCCCCAGCUACCCCCACGCGGGCGCGUUGAACGGACUGAGCUCCACCGGUGUCUAUUAUGGAGCGCAGGUGGGGGCUCUUCCCAAGGCCGGCAGCGAGUUCCUGCCGCGGGGCCGGAGCUGCUGGGCAGAGGCAGCCCCUGACUGGAGGGGUGCCCGGCAGUGCGGCGGCCCCCCUGCUCACCUCGCUGACAGCAUCCACAAGAAGAAGCACACGCGCCCGACCUUCACGGGGCACCAGAUCUUCGCUCUGGAGAAGACUUUUGAGCAGACCAAGUACCUGGCGGGGCCGGAGCGAGCCCGCUUGGCCUAUUCCCUCGGCAUGACCGAGUCCCAGGUGAAGGUCUGGUUCCAGAACCGCCGGACCAAAUGGAGGAAGAAGAGCGCGCUGGAGCCUUCCUCGUCCUCGCAGCGGGCGGGGGGCUCUGGCGGGGAGCGGGCAGCCUCUGAGGCUGAGGAUGAUGAAUACAACAAGCCCUUGGACCCCGACUCGGAUGAUGAGAAGAUCCGGCUGCUGCUGAGGAAGCACCGCGCCGCCUUCUCCAUGCAGGGCUUGGGCACGCACAGCGGCUGAGCUGCGGGACGGGGCGGCCG